AUGCACACCGCAUCCCUCUGUUCUUGUUCCACAUGUGAUUCAAUUUCUUGUUUCAAACUAAGAAAUAAAAAUUCUGUAUUAUCUUGCUCGUGCGGCAUGUGCAAACCUUCUAUAUCUUGUAUAGAUUCAGCCAAAUGUUUUCUACAUAUUCCUGAUGAAAAAAUAAAAGAAAACCCUAAUUCAAAAAAAGGUAAAAAACACAUAGAAAAACAAUGUGUUCACGAAUCUAUUAACAAUCUAGAACAAAGUGUUCCUGAAUCAACUAAUGAUAAAAAACAAAGCGGUCAUGAGUCAAAUAAUGAUAAUAAACAAAACGUACGUGAAACAAUUAGCAAUAAAAAAUCUGAAAUUGAUAAAGAUUAUCAUACAACAAUCAAAUCCAAAGAUAAAAGAAAUGAAAAAAAUAUUGCUAAAUAUUAUGAAAAACCAUUAACUCAAAUUGAAAGUAUUGCUGUAACUUACACUAAAAAAGAUCGAGAUAUAUCCAAAGCUGAACUUAGCGCACAAAUAAUAAAUGUUCCGUAUGAGGAACUUAAAGAUAGCUUAUUGGUUCCUAAGAGUAAUAAGGAUACUUGUACUGACACUAAAGAAAAACCAUCAUGUACAAAUGUACAAAUGAUACCAGAUAUUUUAACAAGACUGAAGGAAAUAUAUAAAGUCUGUAGUUGCAAAGUAUGUGAAUGUAUUCCCAGAAUAUCUUUGCCUCCUAAAGAAAUGUGCACGUGCAGUCCUUGUGAUUGUGAUGAGUGUACGAAUAGUCCGAACUUGCAUUCCAGAUGUUCUUGUGUUAAAUGUGUUAGAAAAGACUGUCGAGGUAUAGUUAAAAAGACUGAAGAAGUAAAAUCUUGUAACUGUAAACCUUGUGAAUGUAUGGAAUGCACGGAUAGGUCAAACAGAUUAUGCAAUUGUGAGCCUUGCCAAUGUACUGAAUGCGCAAUGAAUACUCUAGGAAAGAGAUCAAUUAUAGUAGCCCAUGUACAAGGAAGUUUUAACCAAAACAUAUGUCAAUGCGAACCAUGUGAAUGUGCGAAUUGCACGCAUAAUGAUUCGACAAUGGCAACUUUAAGAAAUGAUAUAUCAACAGACAUUUCGUACAGACACUGUCAAUGUGGUACCUGCUUAAAUGACACCUGUCAAUCAACUAGGGAAGAUUGCAGGUGUGACCAAAAUAAAAGAAUGAGGAAGCCCAUGCAAAAUGACAGUCACGAUAAUGAUAUUCAUAGAACGGUUUUAAGUGAUGAAAAUGUCAGAAAAUAUUACAAUAAUUUCGAUACAAUCGCCAUGUUUGCAUUUUCUGAUAAUUAUUCAAAUUCAGUCUUCCAUUCUAAAGAAAAUUGCAAAUGCUUAGAGUGUGAAUGUCUUAUGUGUAAGAAAAGAGACAAAAAAUUUUCGAAUAAAAAAUCUUCUAAAUAUUUAUUUCAAGAUAAUUUAGAAGAAUUAAAUAAUACUUGCAAAUGUGUACCGUGCGAAUGUGAAAUAUGCACACGUACUCAAAAUAAAAUUGGACGAAGUAUUACUUUAAAUACCACAAAAAGUUCUCAUAACGGUUGUGACUGCAAUAUCUGUGACUGUGUUUUAUGCAAAGGAAUUAGAUAUGAUAAAACAUAUAACAAUACUGCUAAAGAAAAAAACGCACAUUUCAUCUUCGAACCAGCUACCAAAGAUAUUCCAUAUGAAAAUAUUUAUCCCUUAAAAAAAGGAAACCUGUUAACGCCUUCUGCGUUUGAAGCUAAAAUAUCUUCACCUUCCAAAUUAAAUGUCCAAUCGUGCCUUAAUGAUAAAAAAGUAAAAAAACCAACAGAAAGAAGGGUAUCCUUAAAAGUGAAUUCAAAGGAAACUUUUCAUACUAAAUUGUCACAAGAUAAGAAAUUUACAGUUAGUUGUAGUGACUCAAAACAAAAUUUUUUGGAAAGUGAAAAUUCACAACAAAUCUUAUAUCGAAAUUUAGUGGUUCCUAUUAAAAAUAAUUUUCGAGGAAAUGUUAACUUUACAAACCAAGUACUCGAUGAUAAUGAAACUUAUAUAGUUUCACCGAAUAGUAAUGUUCAUCUUGGUAAAUUAGGAACAGAUAGCACCAUAUUUAAUAACAAUUUACAUAGCCCAUUGAAUGUAAAUACGGGACAAACGUUAGAAAAAUAUUUGGUGGCAAACAGAAAUUCGGAUACCAAACUUGCAGAAGACGAUUUUGAUAAUAAUACUAUUGUCUUAAAUAGUAAUAUUGUUGAUAAACCAAUAUUGCAUAUGAUCAAAGGUGAUCAAACGAAGUUACAAGAAAAAGAUGAUAUAACACACGAAACGAGUAUACUAUCCAUUUAUAAAUUACCUUCCAAAAGUAUUAUAUGUGAUAAUAUAUCAACAGCAAGAUAUAGUGAGGGAUCUGAUAUGAUUAAUUCUGAAAAUAGAAAUAGUAUCUGUUUACGAACACCUGUAGGCGAUCGCUGCGUAGAACCUGCAAAUAAUAUAAGCAACAAUAUAAUUGAAAAUAGUAAUAUGGUUAUUAAAAUGGUAGAAGUGGUUAAAAGCAAAGAAAAAUUUAAAAUUAAUGUGAUCAUUCACAAAGAUAUACUAAACAACAAACACAAGAAUAAGCGGUUUACAAAACGUAUUCCAAUGUACAGUAAAAUGUACAGACGACUAUUAAAACAUAUUCGAGUAAGUAAAAUGAAGAAAACACAGAUACAGAGAAGAUUAAAAAUAAGUAACUUGAACGAUGAACACAAUAAAGCAAAAGAACGAUUAGAUAAUAAUUUAGAAAAGAAAACUGAAAAUCGUUUGGAUGUAAGGAUGAUA